UGCUGGUGCAGUGUAUGCUCAGUCAGUGUGUGUUGGUGGAGGGAGAGACAGAAGCAGCUUCGGGGAUCACUGUGUGCAGACAGCCAGCAUGGAAGAGGACGGGGCCGUACCUGAGGAUCUGUCUCCAGAAGAGCGUGAAGAACUAUUGAAUAUAAGACGGAGGAAGAAAGAGCUCAUCGAUGACAUAGAGCGGUUGAAAUUUGAAAUUGCGGAGGUGAUGACUGAAAUCGAUAACUUGACGUCAGUAGAAGAAAGCAAAUCCACACAGAGGAAUAAACAGAUUGCAAUGGGAAGAAAAAAAUUCAAUAUGGAUCCUAAAAAGGGUAUCCAGUUUCUCUUGGAGAAUGACUUACUCCAGAACACUGCGGAGGAUAUUGCACAGUUCCUGUAUAAAGGAGAAGGGCUGAAUAAAACGGUUAUUGGAGAUUACCUGGGGGAAAGGGAUGACUUUAAUAUUCUCGUCCUUCAAGCAUUCGUUGAACUUCAUGAGUUUGCAGAUUUGAAUCUUGUCCAGGCAUUGAGGCAGUUCCUGUGGAGUUUUAGGCUGCCUGGUGAGGCUCAGAAGAUUGACCGCAUGAUGGAGGCUUUUGCGUCACGUUAUUGUCUUUGUAAUCCUGGUGUUUUUCAGUCUACAGAUACCUGUUAUGUCCUGUCUUUUGCCAUCAUUAUGCUCAACACCAGUUUGCACAACCCUAAUGUGCGAGAUAAGCCAUCGGUAGAGCGCUUUAUAACCAUGAAUCGUGGCAUUAAUGAAGGAGGCGAUCUUCCAGAAGAAUUACUUCGGAACUUAUAUGAAAGUAUUAAGAAUGAACCCUUUAAAAUUCCAGAGGAUGAUGGGAAUGACUUGACACACACAUUUUUCAACCCAGACCGAGAAGGCUGGCUCUUAAAAUUAGGAGGAAGAGUUAAAACGUGGAAACGAAGGUGGUUUAUCUUGACAGAUAACUGUCUGUAUUACUUUGAAUACACAACAGAUAAAGAGCCAAGAGGAAUAAUUCCUUUGGAAAAUCUGAGUAUUCGAGAAGUUGAAGAUCCUCGAAAACCUAAUUGCUUUGAGCUGUUCAAUCCAAGUCACAAAGGACAAGUCAUCAAAGCCUGUAAAACUGAAGCUGACGGCCGUGUGGUCGAGGGUAACCAUGUUGUGUACAGAAUAUCUGCACCAACCCCUGAAGAGAAGGAGGAAUGGAUCAAAUCUAUUAAAGCAAGCAUCAGCAAGGAUCCUUUCUACGAUAUGCUGGCAACAAGAAAGAGAAGAAUUGCAAAUAAAAAAUGAGCAUUGUCUAUCUCAACAUCCCCACCUAGUUCAUGGGCCACUUAAUAACCAGGAUGUUUCAUGACCUUUACCGAGAAGAAAUACACCAGAUCUUAUUAAUGGUAUUUAUACGGACUUUGAGAAGCUAGUACUGUUAGGAAAUCAUUGGGCUGUUUUUAGCAUUUGUGUUUAUAAUUUUUUAUUUUUUUUUACUUUGAUACUAUGUUUAAGUCCACACUUCUCAGUCAUGUGUAAAGAGGAAUGAUAACUACCCCAAUGUAAAUAAUUAACGUUCCAUUCAUUUGGAAUGAGAUUUGCCUCCAAAACACAUUAACACCUUUAUUCCAAAUGAAUAGAACGUCUGCUUUGUUAUAAUAUAAAUCCUGUUUAAGUAUUUGCAAAUGUAUAUUUCCUAGAGUGGCAGCUAAAUAGACGGUACUAUAUAAAUAUAUUGGUUUAUAUACAUUUAUAUUCUAUCUGAUGGGUUGCAAGUUUAAUAUUGCAUGGUGCCCGUUUUUUACAGUAAUCCUGUAAAUAUUACAGACCUAUUUUGCUGUGAGCAGGUCACACGGAGCUUCUGUCAGUACAUCAUCUGAGUUCUGCUCCUUGAUUUCUGCCAAGACAAAUCUUAACCACUUAAUCGUCAAGGGCAGAAAAUAUCCAUUGUAACAAACCAGCCUUUAAUGUUCCUGUAUCGAAAUGGAAUGUCCAACACGUUCAAUACUGUAUAGAUCUGCAAUUCUAAACCAGUAGGACACUCCAUCCUGGCGUCCUGUCUUCUGGGACCAGAGUCUGAUGAUGAUGUGAAAUACCAUUGGUCCUUAAGGGGGGGGAUAAAGCCAUGUUCAGGGUUCUAGCGCUGUCUACAAGGAGAAAAGCUGUUUCUGAAUGUAGUUUCAGAAGUAAAACCUAUUCUUCUAUGGAAUCUAUAAGCUAAAUGUACCUGUCUUGCACUGCUCGGCGUUGUCAUAGUACAUCAAAUAUACUCCUUGCUGCAGGAAUUGGUCUGUGCUGAUAAAGUGCUAAUCAAUGUAUUUUAUCACUAUUGGUGGAAAAAUUUGCAUUUUUUUUAUUUUUAAUAGCAGCACUGUACAAAUACAUAUUCAUUUUUCUGUCUUUAUCAGGAAAUAGGACAAAUGCAGUCUAGGACUGCCGCAAGAUGUUUACUGUAUGUUACUGUAAAAUUAUAAACGAUUUUGCCUUAUGUAACUGCCCCUAUAAAGCCCAUACGUGUUCGUUAUGGGCACAGUUCUGUAUGGGCUCCUGAUUUUUUUCCCCCCUAGAGAUUGUACAGGUCUGAGUUUGUUUAGCUGCCUUUUUCACAGCUAUGCAUUCUCGUAUUCUCAUAAUAUUUAAUUCUAAAGUCUACAGACCUAUAAAACUUGUAUGAACAGGCUCGGUUUGGUAGAAAGUGGCCUCCGCUACGAUUUUUCCUUCAUAAAAUAUACUUUUUGUCAUUUGUUCAUUCCUGAAUCCUUUAUGUGGCCACGUGGCAGAAUGAUCUCUGGAAUAGGGGAAAGCCACUAUUAAUAUCCAACUUUUAAUGGAGUUGGAAUAGCGUGGAGGGAAAUUACAGUAAACCUCCCAGGAUUUAUGAGGUUUCUAUCUGUCCCGUAGCUGAAGGAAGCCUUUGCUCCCAUGUAUUGCCAGACGAGUUAAAAGGCGUGUUUAGAUUUUUCAAAUGAUAGAAUUCAUGUAGCCAUGUCUUGUACGUUCAGGUGGCAAAUAGCACUAAUUUAACGCAUGUUUAUUCUGCAAAAAAAUAAAUCUAGUCUACUUUUGCCUUAAAAUAAGAAUAAUUGUGGGAAAAUAAUUUAAUUUUUUUUUUCUUGAAUACCCUGUAUUAAUCCAUCAACAAUUCUCACUCCUUUGCCACUUCCGCAAGGUGAUGAAAGCCUGUUAUUAUCAUAUCUUAUUUUUUGGAAAUCCUUCUAGAUAAAAUAUCCAUUUUUAUAUUUUUACUGUUGUACUCUAUUCCCAAGAUCAGAGGAAAUAUAGAGGAUAAGGUUCUAUAAAAUCUUACGUUUUAUUACAAAUCCUUCUUACUUCCUAAUGCCGCAGAUCUAAGGGUUACCAGAUUUCUCAUAUUUUACUGGACCGCCGCAUGUGGAGGGCAGUGGAUGAAUGUGUAGAAUUCCCAUGCUGCGUAGGUGAAAUGAAUCAAAGGCCACACAAAUGAAUCGCCUUGUUUAAUUAAUAAGGUUUCCUAGUGAAUGCUUCAUACAGGGGGAUAGAGAGCAUCUUAUGCACUACCCUUCCUUAUUCACAAUGUGAUAUGUCUCCAUUCUCUUAGAACUAGAAUCUCCUGAAGGAAAUGGGCUGAAUUUCAAUAUAGAUAAUAUACAAUAGAAUUAUUUUUAAAGGGAACCUAUCAUUAAAAUGUGUAUGAUGUAUUCUUUUUCAUAAUGCCUCAUAAAACCUUUUUGAGUUCUUCAUUAAACAAUGAAUGGCAGUGAACUGACCUCUAAUUUUCACAAAUUUAGAUGUAAUCAUUGAACACCUCAAGUUUAGGCACUUUGGCCAUGGGUUAGUUAAUAAACCCAUGUUUACGACUGUCUUAUUCAUUCUACAUUACACUAUUUGAUCAUUGAUUUUAGAAUUCCUCCCUUAUAAUUACAGAAUUCUAUACAGUCACUGAAUAUAUAUUUGUGUAGCGCCUGAUAGCCAGACACUUGCAUAAUAAGGUUCUCAAUUUCUGUAGUAAUCUUUCACCAUUUGUCAGCUUGCUCAUGCAGGAGUUAUAAAUAAA